AUUUCAAAGUUUACUUUGUCAUUUCCCUUAUUCAGUCCUAAAAUCCAUUGACCUUUUUAGUUUGUCUCCUUCCAUUAGAUCCCUGCUGCCCUCACUAUCUGUCCUAGUAGCUUAGAAUUCAUAAUCCAGAUUUCAAUGACUUACAUGAUAAAAUUCCACCCUUUUCUCAUGAUCCUUUAAAUUGGGGAAGGUUUGUUUUUAAAAAUUCUGUAAUAGGUUGGCUGAGAGCGAGGCCGCGCGCCCUCUGAGAAGAUCCGGACGUGAUGGGGUUGGGUUCCUACAGAGCCUGGCUUUGCCCGGAGCUGGGAACCUAAAUCGCCGCCCUCCCACCUCCCACCCUCUGGUGCUGGACUUCAGGAGCGGGCGCUUCCGGCCUGCGCAGAGAAUAAAGUCACUAACCCUGCUGAUACUCCGCAGCUCCUCCAGCCAGUCCCCACUCCGCCCACUUUGCUUCCAAGACGUAGUUUCUUCUGUAGGAUCACCAUGCAAAAAAAUCACUGCUCCCUGGUGGUGGAACCAUCAUGCUCAGACUUGGUCAUCGAUGUGGGUGAAGUGACUCUUGGAGAACGAAAUAGGAAUGAGCUGCAGAAAACACAGAGAGAACAAGAGAAGGCAAGAGUUGUACAGGCUGCGUGUGCUCUAUUAAACUCAGGAGGAGGAGUGAUUCGGAUGGAAAUGAAAAACAAAGAUGAGCAUCCUGUGGAGAUGGGACAAGAUUUAGAACGGUCUUUAAGAGAGCUUAUUCAGUCUUCAAAUUUUCAGGCUUUCUUUGAGUCCAACCAACAAGGGAGGAGUUUCUACAUUUUUGUUAAGUGUUGGAGCAGCGACUCUUUCCUUGAAGACAGUUCUGUCAAGUCCUGCAUUUGCAGUCUGAGUUCUUCCCUAUACUAUAGAUCUGGCACCUGUGUGCUUGCCAUGGAUUCAAAAAAGGCAUUCGGCUUCCUGAAGACCAAGAAAAAGAAUGCAGAAUCCAGUCUGAACAAUGAAGAAUAUCCACCUAGUAAAAUUCCCAGAAUUGAUCACCAGAAUACCUCUGAAUCAAAUCCCGCUUACAAAGUUUUCCAAAUGAACAGGCUUACAUAUGGUGAAAUUUUGCCAUUUCCCGAGUCUCAAUACAUAGAGUUUAAACAGUUUAGUACAAAAAACAUCACAAAAUAUAUAAAAAAUUUAAUUCCACAGUACGUCUCAGCAUUUUCAAACACCGAAGGAGGCUAUCUUUUUAUUGGAGUGGAUGAUGAGAGUAAGAAAGUCCUGGGAUGUGCAAAAGAAAACGUUGACCUUAAGACUCUGGAAAGUAUAAUAGCAGGAGCAAUUUCCAAGUUGCCCCUUGUCCACUUCUGCUCUUCCCAGCCAAGGGUGGAGUACAGCACCAAAAUGAUAGAUGUGUUUAAGGGAGAAGAGUUGUAUGGUUAUCUCUGUGUGAUUAAAGUGGAGCCAUUCUGCUGUGCGGUGUUCUCAGAAGAUCCCAAAUCGUGGAUAGUGAAUGACAAGAAAAUCUGCAGCCUGACAGCCAAGGAAUGGGUCAACAUGAUGACAGAUACAGACCCAGAGUUAAUUUCAGAGUUGGCCGAGGCUUUUGAAUCUCAGCUGAGUCUGUCCCACGGACCUCCACUUUGCAGACCAGUGUAUUCUAAGAAAGGUCUAGAACAUAAAGCAGAUCUCCAACAACGUUUGUUUCCAGUGCCAUCAGAUCAUUUGAGAUACACUCCCGAAUCUCUCUGGAAGGAGCUGGUCUCAGAGCAUGAAGGACUGGAGGAGUUAAUACACGGGCAAAUGCGUCCUUUCUCCCAGGGAAUUUUGAUCUUCUCCAGAAGCUGGGCUGUGGAUCUGAACUUGGAAGAGAAGCGAGAAGUCAUUUGUGAUGCUCUGCUGAUAGCACAGAACAGCCCCCCCAUUCUCUACACCAUUCUCAGGGAGCAGGAGGCAGGGGGGCAGGGCGACUGCACCUUCACAGCCUUUACUUUGAAGCAGAAGCUGGUGAACAUUGGGGGCUACACUGGGAAUCUGUACGUCAUGGCCAAGGUCCUCCACCUGAGUGCUGAGAGCAACACAGAGAGCUUGGAAGGUGCAGUCUCUCUGAUACGUUAUCCCAGGUCCUACACCCUUGUGGACACCCAGCAAGCCGAAGCCUUGCUGCAAGCCCUGGUGAUCGUCCUCCUCAGCUUCAGGUCCCUCCUGAGUGACCAGCUUGGCUGUGAGGUUUUAAAUCUGCUUACAGCCCAACAGUAUGAGCUAUUUUCCAAAAACCUGCGCAAGAACAGAGAAUUGUUUGUCCAUGGCUUGCCUGGCUCAGGGAAGACAAUCAUGGCCACGAAGAUCAUGGAGAAAAUCAGAAAUGUGUUUCUCUGUCAGCCACAUGAAAUUCUCUACAUUUGUGAAAACCAGCCUCUGAGGGACUCUAUCAGUAAGAUGAACAUCUGCGAGGCAGUGACCCGGAAAAGUUUCAUGAAAAGAAGCUUUAACUUUAAACAUAUUCAACACAUCGUCAUUGAUGAAGCUCAGAAUUUCCGCAAAGAAGAUGGGGACUGGUAUGGGAAGGCAAAAACCAUCACUCAGAGAACAAAAGCUUGCCCAGGAAUCCUCUGGGUCUUUCUAGACUACUUCCAGACCAGCCACUUGACUCGCAGUGGCCUCCCCUCUCUCUCAGAGCAGUAUCCAAGAGAGGAGCUCACCAGAGUGGUCCGCAAUGCGGAUCAAAUAGCCAAAUACCUACAAGAAAUAAUGCAGAAGAUCAGAGAAGAUCCUCCACCUAACCUUCCUCCUGAGUAUCUGGUCAUGCUCCAUGAAGCUGAAUGGUCUUCAGGUGUGGAAGGUAGUGUACAGAAAAUUGACUACUUGGACUUGGAAAAGAUGGUGAUCGAUGUAGCAAAUAAAUGCCAGUUUCUCUUCAAGAAUGGUUAUUCUCCCAAGGAUAUUGCUAUUCUUUGCAGCACAGCAAGUGAAGCGGAUGAAUUCAAAGAUAAGUUCUUGAAAGAAAUGAAGAAGAGAAAAUUUUCUCAGAUUAACAAUGUAUCUGUUUUCACAGAGGACAUGUUUGACAGUGUCCGUCGAUUUUCAGGCCUGGAAAGAAAUAUUGUGUUUGGGAUCAACCCCACAACAGCUGAGCCAGCCAUUUUCAACAAUUUUCUGCUCUGUCUGGCUUCCAGGGCAAACAAACAUUUGUAUAUUCUCAGUCUUUCUAACUCAAUUAGAAGACCUCAGUCUAAGAAGUGAUAAAGACAGAAUAUUCCCUUUGUUCCUGCAGUAUCCAAAAAAGAAUGAUUAUUCUGCAUCACAAGAGUAUUAUUUUUAACAGCAGGGAACUGUUAAGAGAAUUAGCCUCAGAAUUGCUGCUAUAAUGUGGGAAAGGGAUAAAAAUUCUGACUGAUUGUAUUAAUACACUUUAUUUUAUUUUCUUUUUUAUCAAAUCAUAGCUAUGUACAUUAAUGCAGUCAUGGGGUACAAUGUGCUGGUUUUAUAUACAAUUUGAAAUAUUUUCAUCAAACUGGUUAACGUAGCCUUCAUGGCAUUUUCUUGGUUACUGUGUUAAGACCUUUAUAUUCUACACUUAGUAAAUUUCACAUGCACCCUUGUAAGAUGCACCUUAGGUGUGGUCCCACGAAUUACCCUCCCUCCACCCAUCCUCCCCCCUCCCCUCCCUUCUCUCUCCCCUUUCCCUAUAUUCUUGGGCUAUAAUUGGGUUAUAGCUUUCAUAAUUAAUACACAUUACCUUUCUAUUGGUAUUUGUAUUGAAAUCCCAUGUUUACAAACUUACAAGUAAGUUUCUUUCAUUAAGGGAGAGAGGAUUGUUGAUACUUCCUUCUUUGUUCACCCUUGAAAAUGCAAUAAAACACAAUUGCACUUUAUAUCUUUUCAUGAAGAGUUCAAGAAUCUGUGGUUCUUUUAAUUCUACAUUGCUGGUGGGACUGCAAACUAAUACAGUCUUUUUGGAAAGAAGUAUGGGGACUUCUCAAGGUACUAAAAGUUGACCAACUGUUAGAUCCUGCAAUAUCAUUACUAGAUAUCUACCCAGAUGAACAAAAAUCAUUUUACAACAAAGACAAUUGUACCAAAAUGUUUAUUGCAGCUCAAUACACAAUAGCCAAGUCUUGGAAGCAGCCUAAAUGCCCAUCAACACAUGAAUGGAUAAACAAAUUGUGGUAUAUGUACACCAUGGAAUACUAUGCAGGCAUAAAAAAGAGGGAGACUUUACAUCUUUUAUGUUUACCUGGAUGGAGCUGGAACAUAUUCUUCUUAGUAACAUACCUCAAGAAUGGGGGGGACAAGUAUCCAAUGUACUCAACACUAUUAUGAAACCAAUAUAUAGACACCUACACAUUCAUAUGAAUGAUAAAAUUCAUAUGAAUGAUAAAAUACAAUACAAAUGAUAAGAUAGUUCAGAAAGAAAGUGGGGAGUGGAGGGAGGGUGUUUGGUGGGAUCUCACCUAAUGUGCACAAUGCAAGGGUAUAUUUCAAACAACUGAGUAUAUUAUAAAUGUCUUACCACAAAAAUAAGUAAGCAAGGUGAUGAUUAUGUUAAUUAGUUUGAUUUAAGCAUUCUACAUUGUAAAUCAAAUCAUCACAUUAUACCCCGUACAUAUAUACAGUUAAGAUUUAAUAAAAAUUAAGUUUAAAGAAAAAGAAUCUGCGGUUCUUUAAAUUUAACAAAAAGUAAUGUGAAGUAGACAAUUAUUCUCACCACAGUCAAUUUCUUUUUCUUUUUGAGACAGGGACUCACUCUGUUGCCCUGGGUAGAGUGCUGUGGCAUCACAGCACACGGCAGCCUCAAACUCUUGGGCUUAAGCUAUCCUCUUGCCUCAGCCUCUCAAGUAGCUGGGACAACAGGCACCCACCACUAUGCAUGGCUAGUUUUUUCUUAUUUUUAGUGGAGACAGGGUCUCGCUCUUGCUCAGACUGGUCUCAAACUGGUGAGCUCAAGGGAUCCACCCUCCACUGCCUCCCAGAAGGCUAGGAUUACAGGAGUGAGCCACUAUGCCAGGCCUCAUAGUCAAUUUCAAGCUAACUAUGUGAUAUGAAUAAGUUCACAACAUCCCUCAAAAAUUAACAUUUGUCCUUGGGAACUGGCCUAAGCCAGCUCCAGCUUAUAACUAUAACUUCCCCCAUUCCAGCAAAAUUUGGUGUGCCUUUUUCUCAGCCUUAAUAUUUUUAGGAAAAGGAAACAUUAAAUCAGAAAAAAUGGAACAUUGUAAACUUUAAAGUAC